AUGCAUGAUACGGUAUGGGUGGUCGGUUUCCGAGGUUUACAGAAUAACUCCCCCAGGGAGGUUAUUCGUAAGCCCCGAGAUGCAAGCAUGGCUCGUCGUUUGCUUUCUGAGAAGCUUGGUGUUGAGCGUGAUUUGUUGGUGUUUAUGACCUCUACUGAAGCUAAUACUCUAAUAGACUCAGUUGACGAUUUGUCCACUCGCUUGGCGCUGCGAAGGAUGAUGGGUCGGUCAGCGCAGCCACCGACUCAAGGACCAGUCUACCACGCCGAGUUACCGGUGGGUUCUAAGACUGGCCCUGUUAGCACGGUCUCCUUUGAUCGACUUUAUAACGAUUCUCAGGAUCAUCGUUCUGACGUCAAGACCAUGACUGCUAUCGGUGAGCUUCCGAUCCCGGGCGAUAAGGUGUUUCAAGGUCGAGAUGAUGCGAGAAGCGUCUCCAAUUUCUGUCGAGAGCUUGCUCUGACUGGUCAGUUGUAUGGUUUGAACAGUGAGACGAUGUUUCGUUAUGUUCUUGGGUAUCUAUCCAGUACUGUGAAAUCUGAGUUGUAUGACUUACUGGAGCUACAGGCCCUGUAG